UUGUGUUUUCAGGUCGAAGAAGAAUACGUGCCGAACGCAAAAGCGCCUGCUAUGAAAAACGUUCUACACGUAGCAGGUGUCUACCAGAUAUCAGCCAGAGUUUUUAACACGAACAACGAGAGAUCACUUCAUAACAUUGGAUAUGGAUUUUUCGGCUCUUCAGAAGCUUCAACUUGUCUGUGGAAAGACAUCGACUUCUCAGAUCAUCAUGAUUUACUGAAAGUUGGAAAAGACUCCGUUGAGAACAUAGCCGGUUUAUCAGGGUCAAGUCAGAUGAAGCGUCGAUUGAAGCAUCGAGAAAGUUCUGAGUCAGGUAAUUUCGAUGUCGACAGCGAACUACUGCCGGAAAACGAUUUCGACGAAAAGGACUUCGAAGACACGGAUACAGGAAGGAUCUUUAAUUUACCUCAGGUUGUGACCGUAAACCUCGACACGCAGACCGGUUCUGCCGUUUACUAUAUCAUCGCAGCAAACGCCACAAGCAACGCAACACUCCACAUUGGCGGGUUCGGAUCAAAAGACUUACUUGAGAUUGUCGGUAACUUCGUACUUUUCAACGCAUCAUCUCCAAGUAUGCUCGUUAAUACAUGUCAUAAAAUGAACAUCGUGCUUACUGAAGACAACGAGUCUUUUGAAAGCUUUCUGGUCAUCUGCUUUUCUGACAGUAAAACCGCUGAUAUGCAAGUUAUGUGGCACAAUUUCAAACUAUCCGCUGCUGACUUUGGCGCUGGAAGUUUUAUCGGGAGUUUGACGAAUUCAGACAAAACAUCAAGCGAACAAAGCACUACCUAUGACUUGGUGUGUUCCUCGUGCCCAUUUGUCCUGGACGAAGUGGGUAAUCUGUACGUGUGGAACGCGACGAUCAGCGACAAUGAGAGCUUCGCAGGUCGCGACUAUGCAUUUAUGGUGAUCGAAACAAAGGGUUCUGCUGGUCGAGCCAGACGUCAUUACGUAUCCGUCGAAGUAGAUGAUAGCGACGAAAUUCUGCUUCCGCAUUUUGGAAGCCUUCAGUUCAGACACGACGAGGCGGGUUCGUCUCAUCUGCCAUCAGAACUCAAUGAACGGUAUCACUCCAACGAGAUAUUGCACGUCCCUGAAAAUACUACGCCUGAUCGCCUCUACCAGAUUUCAUUCCAUAAUUCUUCAGAGGUUAAAGCGGAGCUUGCUGGUGGCUUAGGCCACUUUUCCUUCAAUUCAACUUCUGGUGUGAUUGGCGUCAUCAAGGCAUUUGACUAUGAAACGACCAAGCAGACGGCUUUCAACGUCUCGCUGUGUCCUCAGGUCAGAGACGCGAAUACACGUAGGCCAUCGUGUCGCGUCAUGAAUUUCACUGUGAAAGUGCUUGACCAAAACGACAAUGCACCGGUGUUCGACGAGGAAGUUUAUUACGCCAGUGUGCCCAGUGACAUUGCCGCGCACAGCAAGAUACUACAGGUUCAUGCAAAGGACAAGGAUUCAGGAGCGAACGGCGACAUAAGCUAUGCCCUGGCUAGCUCCAGUUCAAAGUUCUCGAUGGACUACGCCACCGGCUAUUUGCUCACCACUGCUCCUUUAACCUCUUCGCUGUACAACUUGACGGUGGUGGCGUUUGACCACGGUCGGCCAUCGCACUCCUCAAUGGUAAAUGUUGUCGUUACGGUUGACAGUGAAAAUCUGCACGCUCCCGAAUUCUGGGAAUUUUUAUAUUGGGCUGAGAUCCCAGAGGACGCUCCGGUCGGCAGCUUCCUCAUUCAGUUGAACGCAAGCGACCCUGAUGAAGGGCCGGAAGGUAUGUUGAGCUACCGACUUGUGGACCCCUCUUCUCCGCCCUUCGUGAUUGACUCCACUAACGGCGUGGUGAUCACCACUGCGCCCCUAGACUAUGAGAAAGAACAGUUUUACCAGCUGAUGGUGGAGGUGUCAGACCACGGCUCCUUCCGUCGUUCAUCCCGCACGUUACUGGUUGUUUCCGUGGUGGACGUUAACGACAACGCGCCCGUGCUCCAACCGCUCCCUGAUCGGAUUUUUAUCUCCCAGGCUGAAGAACCAGGCACAGUGAUCUUCAACGUAACCGCUGAUGACGCGGAUAGCAGCCUGCAUGGCAAUAACAAAUUGUCAUACGCGGUUGAUAACUAUGACACCCCUGAUAUGUUCGACAUCUCACCCGAUACCCAUCAGCUGAGGGUAAAGCGAAAGCUACGCAAGGGUCGCUUCCGCAUUAACAUUAUCGCCCGAGAUCAUGGAAACCCGUCGCUAGAUACCGGUCACUGGGUGACCGUUGAAGUGAUCGCGAGCAAUUCAAUGUUUCCGGUAUUCAAGCAACUUCAGUACCAUGUCAAUGUCGACAAUUGUGAUUCCGAUCUUCCGCUGCGCCGCAUGUUCAAAGCAUUGGUUCCAAAGGGUGAUGUCGUUUAUGAAAUGAUACCGGAGCCCAGAGGACUUGAACUGAAUGCCAGUUCUGGCGAACUAUUGGUGCAUCCUGAAUUUUGCCGCUAUGCCGAGACGUCUGAAACUCGACUGAUAAUUCGAGCCACAAAUUCUUUGAGCAAGUCACACUAUUCCGACCUAACGGUAGCACUUUUGGUCAGUGCACGUUCGAACAGGUCCACGACUCAACCGUUGCGCUUCUCGGCACCUCUUUAUCGAGCUAUCGUUAAAGAAAACGCGCCCGUCGGUUCCGAAGUCGACCCUGGUUUUCCCUUUGCUGUAACGAGUCAUUCUACCAAGUUGUCAUAUUCGCUUGAACCGGGCAAAUAUUUUACGAUUGAUCGAAACGGAAAAGUCUUCGUUCGACAGCUGAUCGAUUUGGAGAAACUGCCGCCGUCUCAGCAUGGUGUUAUAACCGAAAAGGUAUCCAUGUCUGACGGAGACAGGACGGCCACGUCAGUUAUAGAAAUCAAAGUUGCGGACGUAAACGAAUUCUGUCCGUCGUUUUUAUCCGAACAUUUCACGGCAACCGUGUACGAGGUACGAGAGUUUUUUAACUGA